UUAAACCCCACAAAGGUGGUGUCCCUGGCCAACACCAUGAACACCAUACUGCAAGAGAAGAAGAUCGAUCAACGGAGAUUCUGCCAAGCUUAAGACCUUCAAUUUGAAGGAGCUAGGUGAAAGGGAGCUCCAUAUUCAGAUUGCAUCUCUUCUGAGGUAACUGAUCAGAAUCUUGCCUUACCUUUAAUUACCACCGUUUUCAUCCGUCGGACAACCGGCCGUGGGAAUGAUCGGCACCGGAAGCCAGAGGAAUCGAAUAGUCGACGGCCCAAUCGCCGUCGAUUGCAGCAAGGACGUCAGAAGCUGGAGCUUGAUUCGAUCCCUGGUCGAGCUCAUGGUCCCAUGUUGUGUUCCUCACUCGAUGUCUUACCCACCAUCGGAGGACGCCCAGUCCACUCUCGGCUCGACCAUAACAGGCACGUUCUUCGGCUACAGGAAGAGCCGAGUCAGCUUCUGCGUCCAGGAAGACUCCGGCAGGGCCCCCUUGCUCCUCCUCGAAUUCGCCAUCCCAACCUGCUACCUUGCCAAGGAAAUGCGGUCCGGGCUCCUGAGGAUCGCCCUUGAGUGUGACCGGCCCGGCGGCCGUGCCGGAUCCCUGUUCUCUGUGCCGGCCUGGACCAUGUACUGCAACGGCCGGAAAGUUGGGUACGCCAUCAGGCGUCAGAUGAGCGAGACCGAUGCAUCGAUCCUCAAGAUGAUGCGGUCGGUGUCGGUCGGUGCUGGAGUGUUGCCAGCCGAGUCGAAGUCCGGCGAUGGGGAGCUCAUGUUCUUGAGAGCCAGCUUCGAGAGGAUCGCCGGCUCACCCGACUCCGAGUCGUUUCAUCUGAUAAAUCCUGACGGGAACUCAUCGCAGGAGCUGAGCAUUUUCUUGCUAAGAUCAUAACCACAAGAAGAUAAACCGAAUUGCAGGAGAAGAUAUAGACUUUGCAGCUAUAUAUUGCUCCAAGUAUAUUAAAGGCCUGUAUAAACUCUCGAUUACUAAAAUUAGCUUCCUGUAUGAUUUUGCUUUCUUUUUAAUGACGGAAAAAAAAGUUUCCAGCUA